AUGCGGGGCGACGAGUCGUCCGAUUCAGAGUCGGGCCGCAUGGAGGAGAGUGUAGCGCGGAGGAGUUUGGAGACGCUGUGUCAGGAGCUCAACAUGGACGAGCGCACGGCGACCGAGGCCAUGGACAACUUCACGGCCAUCUGGAACACGUACACGCUGGAGGGCGAGGUGGUGCACUGGUUAGCGUGCUCGCUGUACGCCGCCUGCAGGAAAGGAAGCACGCCCACGGUGGGCAAAGGCCUGAUGGAGGGAAACUGCGUCUCGCUCACCAGGAUCCUGCGCACCGCCAAACUCAGCCUGAUCGAGUUCUUCUCCAAGAUGCGCAAGUGGUCCGACAUGUCCAACCUGUGCGAGAACUUCCGCCUGCGCAUGGAGCGUCUGGAGCGCAACUUUGAGGUUUCCACCGUCAUCUUCCGCAAGUUCCAGCCCAUCUUUGCCGCCAUGUUCCGCAGCCCGACGGGCUCCGAGGCUCCGCCCCCUCCGCCACGCCAGCCCCGCGGUCGGAAGCACCGACGGCUGCCCUGUCACACCGCCGACGUCUUUAAGUUCUGCUGGACGCUCUUUGUCUACACCAAAGGUAACUUUCACAUGAUCGGUGACGACCUGGUGAACUCGUACCACCUGCUGCUGUGCUGUCUGGACCUGGUCUUUGGAAACGCGCUGAUGUGCGCCAACAGGAAGGAGCUCAUCAACCCCGCCUUCAUCGGUACGUCGGGGGAUGAAGUCCAGGCGUGCGCCGACGAGGCGUCUCCGUGUGUGCUGGAGAGAUUGUGCGAGCUCCACGAUGGCCUGGUGGUGGAAGCCAAAGGCAUCAAACAGCACUACUUCAGGCCUUACAUACACAAGCUCUUUCGCAAACAGAUACUGAAGGGCAACGAGGAUCUUCUGACCGAACUUUUGGAUCCUCACAACUUUAUUGACAACAACAAAGCGCUCAAUCGCCAGUACGAGGAGUACGUCUUGACGGUAGGAGACUUUGACGAACGCAUUUUCCUGGACGCCGAUGCCGACGAGGAAAUCGGAACGCCCAGGAAAAGUUUGCGCUGGCCCGCGGGCGUUGGCACGGGACAGGCCACCAGCGCUCAGGCACAAUUGCAGCAUCACGUUGAGAAGUCGGCCACCCUGGCGCCUUCCACGCCUCUGACGGGUCGGGCGUACCUGAAGGAGAAGGACGUGCUGGUGACGCCCGUGUCGGCGGCCACGCAGAGCGUCAGCCGUCUUCAAAGCAUGGUGGCCGGGCUCAGGAGUGCGCCCAGUGAGCAGCUGCUGCGCAUCUUCAAGUCAUGCUCUCGAGACCCCGCGGAGUCCAUCGUGAGCCAGGUGAAGAUGCUGGGACAGACCUUCAAAGAACACUACACCAACGACUCGGACCACUCGUCGGGGUCACACAUCGAUUUUGCUGAGAGUCGCCUGAAGCUAGCUGAAAUUCUCUUUUACAAAGUUCUGGAGAACGUCUUGAUGCAAGAGACCAAGAGGCUGCAAGGGAAAGACAUGAGUGUGCUACUGGAGAAGGACAUCUUCCACUGUUCCCUUCUGGCGUGUUGCUUGGAGGUGGUUUUGUUCUCCUACAGCUCCCAGCGGACUUUCCCGUGGAUCAUUAACGUCUUCAAGCUGGCUCCCUUCUACUUCUUCAAGGUGAUUGAGGUGUUUAUCCGUUCCGAGGAAGGCUUGUCCCGAGAUAUGGUCAAGCAUUUGAACCUGAUCGAGGAGCAGGUGUUGGAGAGCCGAGCGUGGACUGCAGACUCUGCCCUGUGGAACGCCUUGAGUGCCGCCGGCAAUAAGGUGCCCACCGUCGAGGAGGUGAACUUCCCAUCCAGUCUGGACUCCGGCAGUUGCGCUUCCACCGGUGGCGCCCAGUCCCAACUUCCCCUGAUGACACUUUCGCCCAUCGUUCACCCUCGGAUCAGAGAAGUCCGCUCAGGCGUGGGCAGCAUGCGGAAAGAAGUUCCGCCAUCCCCACUGUCGGUGCACGACCGCUACAGCUCUCCGGCCGCCGGCAGCGCCAAACGCCGUCUCUUCGGCGACGACCCGCCGGCCCCCGCCGUGGCGGCCAGCCCUGUCACGUCACCUGCCAAGCGCCUGACUCUCAGCUCUACCGGCACCUUGAAGAUCGGCCCGCAGGCGGGGCAGACCACCGUGCUCAGCAUACCGCUGCAAGGCGGCAGCAGCGAGCACACCAUCACGCUGAUCCCUGUCCAACCGUGUGAUCCAUCGGCCGGCGGCCCCACUCAGUUCCUGCUGACAGCAUCCCCCGGCCGCCCCCUUCCCGCACCCGCGCCCGUCGCCGCGCUCUCCAACGCCCAGCCGGCCGGCGGCCGACCGCAGCGCACCGGUUCCCUGGCGCUUUUCUUCCGCAAGGUGUACCACCUGGCUAGCGUGCGCCUUCGUGAUCUGUGCGCCCGACUGGACAUCUCGUCGGAGCUGCGUGCAAAGAUCUGGACAGCCUUUGAACACGCUCUGCUUCAUGCCACCCAACUCAUGAGGGACCGGCACCUGGACCAGAUGCUGCUCUGCACUGUCUACAUCAUCGCCAAAAUCUCCAAGGAGGCGCACACGUUCCAGGACAUCAUGAAGUGCUACCGCAGCCAACCGCAGGCCAGCAGCCAUGUCUAUCGCAGUGUCCUCCUGCAUCGCACUCCCAGACAGCAGGGUGCGCUAACAGACGAAAACAUGGAGGUUGAUCCUACGUCUGGAGCAGAACCUAACGAGACGACGCAGGCGGGCGAGGAGGAACGCGGCGACCUGAUUCAGUUUUACAACAACGUCUACGUGAUCAAGAUGAAAAGUUUUGCCAUGAGAUAUGCUACGCAUGACAACAGGAUGGACGCCCCGCCCAUGUCUCCGUUCCCUUCAGUGCGUUGCCACCCGCCGUCUCCUCGCCGAGUGUCUCAGCGUCAUAGCGUUUACGUGUCGCCCCACAAAGCGUCGGCGAGGGGCCUGGCGCCAAACUCUUUCACCUUCCGCAUCAACAGCAGCCCCUCCAAGGAUCUGUCUGACAUCAACCGCAUGCUGCGUCAAGGUUGCAACGGCCGCAAAAGAGCCCUCGGCAUGGAGGGCGAGCUGAUGAUAUCGUCAGCGUGUGACUCCCCCAGCAAGCGGGCGUGUCCCGAGAACAGCGCAAGUGGCCCCGACAUUUUGCUAAAGAGGCUGCAGGACGUUGUGUCGGAGAGGCAGAGCCACUGACCAAGUGGCUGCCAUCAAAAAUGUGCUAGCACGCUAAUAAGAUUGUUCAUCAAAGGCCUAACGUUAACACCUUAAAAUGACUGUUAGCUAUGGUGCUAAUGCUUUCAUGCUAACGUUACUGGUCAUUACUUGAGCUGACGGGUAUGACCAGUUACUGUGAAAAUAACGCUUGCUUGCUAACGUGAUUGGACAUGACAGAGCUAAUGUUAACUCUUUAACAAGACUCUUAGCAAAGUAGUGUUAGCUGUCAAAAUAACAUCACGGGUCAUUACCGACUUAAUUAUCGCAUGACCAGUUGCUGUGGAGCUAACGCUAGCACACAAACGUGACUUGUUACUACUGAGAUAGCGCUUGAAAGCUAAUGUGACUUGUCAUACUAAAGGUAAGGCUAACUCUGAUAAAUGUAAACUGUCAUUACCCACCUAAUGCUAACCCUGACACAACUGGUCACAUGGAGAUAAUGCUAGCACACUAAUGUUUGUUAAUUAUGAAUGUGUGACUGCAAAAGGACUUUAUGGCUUUAUGUGAACUUAUGUAAAAAUGUUUGAUUUUGUUGUUUGUUCUUGAGUCAAGGAAAACUAUGAGGCUGAGAUUAGCAUGUACAAGGUUUCGGUGUUAUUUGUUCUAGCUGUGAGCCCAAAAAAAUGACAUUGGCGCUAUUGUCCUCAAGUUUGUAAAACGUUUUUGGUUUUAUUUUUGUUGUUGGAAUCUGCUCGACUAUUUCAGUGUUCUUGCUCGUUUAUGUGUGUGUAGCAUCUACACACGUGUUUGGCAAGUGUGUUGAACUAUAUCUUGAUCUUAUCUUUGUGUAACUUUGUAGUUUGAUUUGUGAAAUUGAAAUCCAAUGCACAAAGUAA